GAUUCUUCUUUGUGUUUCUAAUAGUUUCUUUUCCUUUCUCCUGUUGAAUCUCUCUCUGUUCCUGUUAUAGUUUUUUUAGUUAAGAUAUGUAGUUGUACACUCAUCAUAUCGUUUUCUUCGAUAUUUUUCUCGUUAAUUUGUGUGUCGUCGAUUAGGGUUUUACAAAAUUGUUGAGGAACUAUGACGACAGAAUCUAAUGAUUUGAAUCGAUCAGAAUCCGAGUCUGAUAUCAGUGCCGCCACCCAAGUUACUCCUACCAUUGCAGUUGACUUUUCUCUAGGAUGCAAAAGAGUGAGUGGUCCUACGAGAAGAUCAACUAAAGGAGGAUGGACUUCCGAAGAGGACGAACUUUUGACGAAUGCUGUGCAGAUGAACAAAGGGCAUACCAGCUGGAAAAAGAUUGUUGAGGGUGUUCCUGGAUUGAAAGACAAGAGAAGCGAAGUCCAGUGUCAGCACCGUUGGCUAAAGGUUCUUGAUCCGAACCUUUGCAAAGGACAUUGGACAAAAUAUAAUGAUAGGCCUCAAUGGUCGAAAAUUUCAAAGCAACUCCCUGGUCGCAUCGGCAAGCAAUGUCGUGAAAGGUGGCAUAAUCAUUUGAAUCCGACUAUUAAAAAAACUGCGUGGAUUAGAGAAGAGGAACUCAUUCUCGUUCAAUCACAAAGAGAACACGGCAAUAAGUGGGCAGAGAUUGCCAAGCUCUUGCCUGGAAGGACGGAGAACAAUAUUAAGAACCACUGGAAUUGCUCAGUUAAGAAGAGGCUGGAGCAGUUUCCUAGUAACCUCUCCCCUGGUGUCUUAUAUGGUUCUAGACCUUCUGGUUUUGAAUACAACUUUUUUAAUCACAAAACAUUACAAAUCGAGGAAGCUGCAGUGAAGAGUCCUCUAAGGGAUUCCUUGGAGUUAACAUUAGGACCCACGAGUUGGAGGAGCACUCCUAGCUCCACAAGCUCUCUUAGAGGAGAUGAAUCAAUCUCAUCAUCAGUAGAAUCUGACUGGUCAAGCCUCAAUGAAGUUUCAGAGAGUACUCAAGAAACUCCACAGAGCAGCAAAGAUAAUGAGUGCAUACAAGAAGUGAAGGAGAUCAAAAAGAGAUUGAGAAUGGCUGCGAGUACUUUCAACACACCCUCCAUUAUCUCCAAAAGAAGCUCACCAGCUUUGAAAUGGCACAGACAAAACGAGCUGAACACGCCGUUUCACAUAGAUGGUGGAAGUCACAUGUCAAGUGAGGAAGAACACUCGACUUCUCCUUUCUCCAAGUACAGACUUGCGAAACGCAACACUUGCUCUGGCUCAAAACCCUUGGAGAGGCGUUUAGAUUUUGACUUCAUGUGACCAGAAAUAUGUUGCUUUUUUUUUUUUUAUGUAA